AUGGGAAAACAUAGCUUCUUGAAAUCAAGGAUAUUGGGAAAGACCCAGCCUUCGCAGUUCGUUUCAAACUCUCUUCGUAUGAACAUUUAUCCGGAGUAUUACUUCGGUCGUCAGGACAAUUCAUCGGAUAUGGCAGCUCAUCAAAGACACCUUGAUCACUGCGUGGAUAUCCUUCGACAGGCACUGAUGUGCACCGCGGAUAUUAAUAUCGUGACAAUGAAUUGGCUUAAAUGUCUCUGGCGAAGUCUUCUUCCUGACAUUCAUCCUCUUAUUACUGAUGAUGGUUAUGAGCUAGGGCGAGAGUUACCGACCCCAAAUUUCAACACCCGUCAUGUCUGUCGGAAUUUUGACCGUAUACUAGAGUGGAAUGACCGGCACGGGCGUGUCAACUAUUCUUUACACAAAAGUGGCACCGAAUUUGCGUUGGACGAGUUUCCCUGAGCGUUAUAAGAUGCCUGCUUAAGCAAUGGCGACGUUUGGAAAGCGCUCAUGGUCCAAGGGUCAAGAUAACAGGGUGGCGUUACUCACCCGUCAUAACAGGCCCCGCUACGCAAUCAUCAUAAUAAGUCAAAACCUUC